AUAUAAAUGCGUAAUAUCCUUUGACGGAUAGUUAUUUUUUGUUUAUAUGGACCCUGCGUUGUUUUCGAAUUUUCAAGAUCAAUUAUAUGAGUCUCUUAUAUCGGCGACAAAGGCUGUAACUGUUAUUGGAUCACAGGAUAUUAAUUUUUAUUGCUCUUUGGAUCCAUAUUUUGCUUCUUCAUUGGCUAAUUGUAAUAAACGAUUUUUGGAUCUUAUUAAUUAUCUGCUUCAUUCAGUAUCAUCAGAUGGGUUUGGAAAAAUUGAAGAUCAUGAUGAUCUCAAUUAUAAGUGGUUGGAUAUAAUAGAUGUUAUUGAUUCCCUUUUCGAAAAAGCAGAUAUUUCUCUUGAUGAAUUUAUUGAAUUUUCUAGACGUUCUGAUCAUAAGACAGAGAAGAAUAUAUCAAAAUCUUUAAAGACUUUUAAAGAGAAAAAACAGCUUGCACAUAAGCUUAUUCAUGACGAAAAUAUUUCAAGGCCUCAGUUUCGCUUUUCUGUUGUUCCUGAUAAUAAUUCAGAUACACCUUGGAAAAGGAAGAUUACAGUUAAGCCUAAUGCUCUUGUGCCAUUAGAGGAUUGUAUAUUAGAAAGCAAUGAUAAAGGAUAUAAAGCCGGCAAUUUACCUCAUCCAUAUGAAUAUGAAAUUAAUAAUAUAAGAUAUUCUGAAGACUUGUUUAAAGAAAAAACGCCUGUAGACCCUAUUUCUUUUGAUAGUUCUAAGGCUAUAUGGGUCAACAAUGUUAAUUCUUUAGAAGAAAUGCUUAAAGAUUUAAAAAAUACAACGGAAAUUGCUGUUGAUUUAGAGCAUCAUGAUUAUCGAUCAUAUCAAGGAUUUGUUUGUUUAAUGCAAAUUAGUACUAGGAGAGCCGAUUGGAUAGUUGAUACUUUAGAAUUGCGUGAAGAAUUGGAAAUUUUGAAUGAAGUUUUUACAAACCCUAAUAUUAUAAAGGUCUUUCAUGGUGCAUCUAUGGACAUAAUAUGGUUGCAGAGGGAUUUUGGACUUUAUAUUGUUGGGCUUUUUGAUACAUAUCAUGCAACAAAGAUUUUAGGAUUCGAAGGACAUAGCUUAGCAUUUUUAUUAAAAAAGUAUGUUAAUUUUAAUACUGAUAAACGAUACCAGUUAGCAGAUUGGAGAAUACGUCCUUUACCUGAAGAAAUGCUUUCUUAUGCACGUUCGGAUACUCAUUUUUUACUUUAUAUAUAUGAUCAUUUAAAAAAUGAGCUAUUACUAAAAUCUACCUUAACUCAAAAUCUUUUGUUAUCAGUUUUUUCUGCAUCUAAUAAUGUUGCUUUAAAGGUUUUUGAAAAAGAUAAAUAUGAUGUAGAUGGAUCAGGUGUAGAUGGAUGGAAAAGUAUACUUCAAAAGUGGAGUAAUUGUUUAACAUGUGAUUUGCAAGUAUCAGUUCUUAUAGCUUUGCACAAAUGGAGAGAUAAAGUUGCUAGGCAAGAAGAUGAAAGCGUUAGAUAUGUUUUACCGAAUCAUAUUCUAGCUCAAAUAGCUAUAAAUUGUCCAAAAGAUGCUGCCUCUGUUUUUGCUAUUUGUAAUAAUGUUCCCCCUUUAGUUCGUGUUUAUGUGGAUGAAAUGGUUAAAAUAAUUCAAUUAGCAAAAGAUGAAUUGGAAAAGUCAUCUAUAUCAAAUAGCUCUGAAGUUACUUCUAAAGUUCAGGAUAUAGAUACCUCUGACAAAUCUCUUAUAAUGGAUGAUGUCAAUUCUAUAAAUCAUGAUAAGUUGUUUGAAAAUAAUAUUGCUAAUGAAAAGCUUAUUUAUCUUGUUGCUGAAACAUCUCUGCUUUGGGGCAAAGCUAUUGAGAAUUGUGAUCUCAAUGAUUCAAGAUUAUCUAUCAUAGAGGGGAUAUUGAGAAAUAUGAAAUUAGUUGUAUCAUUGCCUUUUUUUUCAGAAAAAAUGAUUGUGGACAAUCGUAUAUCUAUUGAUAAUGAUAAUCGUAUAUCUAUUGAUAAUGAUAAUCGUAUAUCUGUUGAUAAUGAUAAUCGUAUAUCUGUUGAUGUGGAUAAUUGUAUAUCUGUUGAUAAUGAUAAUCGUAUAUCUGUUGAUGAGGAUAAAAUAUCUGCUAAAAAAUAUGAUAUAAUUGAUAAUAUAUCUAUAGAAAAAGAGCAAAAACAAGAUCAAAGUGAUGAUAUUAUUGUUGUUAAAAAAUUGGGAAGCAAGCAAAAACGUUUAUUUGAAAUUUCUGAAAAUAAAUCUGAAAAUGUCACUAUUGAUGAAGGUAAUGAAUUUCUAAAUGAAUUUGGUAGGAAUCUAUUACUGGAUAAUUUCUCUGGUAAUUUAAAAAAAAAGAAAAAAAGAAAGUCGAACAAAAAAGCUAAAUUAAAAGGGAAACUUCUAAAUUGUGAUGGAGAUUCGAAACCAUAUGAUUAUGAGAAAGAUCCUUCUUUUUUUAAUCAAUUAAAUAGCAAUUAUGAAUUAAAAAAUGAAAAUAUUAAACUUUUUACGAAUACUAGUGUUAAUCAAUUUGAAAAACAAUUAAAGCGGCCGAAACGCGAAAAUGCACCAAGUAGUGGUCUUCGUAGCAUGGUUUUUGGGAAAUAAGAAUAUAUAUAUUAUAAAAAAGAAUCAUAUAUUUUUUAAUUAAAAU